AUGUUUGCAAGAAUACGAGCAGCACAGUCCGUGCUACGUUGGACUGUUCAGAGAUCAUAUGCUAGUAUUCCCACCAAAAAGAAGCAAGAAAAAGUGACAUCACUAUUGAAGUAUUUCAAGAAAACUAAGCGAAGAAAAGACUUGACCGAUCCAACUCAUCCCAGCAACGUGUCAUUUCUCGAGAUUUGUCAGUUUCUCAAAGAUUAUUCCCGUCAGACACAUGCUAAUGUUACAGAUGCUGAUAUCCAUAAUCCGUAUGAAAUUGUAAAGGCGUUUUUACCAUUCCAAAGGCGACAUCAGGUCAUACCGAGUGUGAAAGUAUGGGGCACAACUCACACUGGAGAUGGGUUGGCGAUUAUACCCAAGUCUAUGUACGCAUCCGAGUAUGCCGACUCCGAGAGUUUAUUUGGCAAAUAUACAGUGUUGAUGAUUCCAAAGACCACAGUGGGCGAUAAGGUCAAGGUUUUGCUCAAAAUGCAUCAUGAAUUUUACGCAGAAGGGGAAUUGAUUGAAGUUCUAAACAAGGGGAAACGAGAGAGUAAGAGAAAUAACCGAAUGAUACUAUGCGAGCAUUUUCAGGAAUGCAAUGGGUGCCAACUACAAAUGCUAUCAUACCCUGAACAGUUGUUGUUUAAGCAGAACAUUAUCCAGACAGCCUAUAAGCUAUUCUACCCCAAUUUGAGGACUGACCACGAGUUGGGAGCUGUGAACCCAUCGCCACUUCAGUACUCUUAUAGGACAAAGCUCACGCCCCAUUUUGAAGUGCGCGAUGGGAAAUGCACCAAGUUAGGGUUUCAACAUGUAAAUAAUCGGGGCAAGAUAGAUGUUGAAUAUUGCCCUAUUGCUACUGUCGAGAUCAAUGACAAGCUAGGUCAAGCAAGAAAUAAUUAUUUAAAAGGACCACCAAUGAAGCAAUUGACUUUGAGACAAAGUAUACGGGUUGACAACGAUACUGGAGAAUUUUAUGAGACUGCAUUGGAAGGUCAAUCUAAAGUCAUUACAGAAAAGAUUGAGGAUUUUAUAUACCAAUUUGAUUCAAACUGCUUUUUCCAGAAUAACAACUCAAUAUUGCCAUCACUCUUGGAUUACAUACGUUAUCAUAUGAAACAGUUGCCCGAUUCAGUUGAGAAUGUGGUUGAUACAUACUGUGGGGUAGGGUUUUUCGGUAUUGCCUUGUCCAAUUUCCACGACAAUUUAAAAGUGUUUGGUAUUGAAAUUAGCGAAUCAAGCAUCAAAUAUGCAAACCACAAUAUGAAGUUAAAUGGACUUUAUCCAGAAAGGACCAAGUUCAUCCUAGGAGAUGCGUCAAACAUAUUUGGUAAUGAGGAGUUUAAGAAAAGUGGCAUCGAAGGAAAGGGAAGCGUUGUGAUUGUUGAUCCAUCUAGAAAGGGUUCUGAUGAACUAUUCUUGAAACAACUUUUGCAAUUUGAGCCCGAUAUGAUUGUUUAUGUAAGUUGUAACGUAUUUACACAAGCUAGAGAUUUGGCUAACUUUGAGCAAUUACAGGGUACGAAUUUAAAGUACAAAGUUGAUGAAGUUGUGGGCUUUGAUUUCUUUCCACAGACAAAGCACGUCGAGUCUGUUGCUAUAUUAAAGAAGAUAGAUUUAUGUACAUAG